CUCCUCCUUCUCCUUCGCCGCCGCCGCCGCCGCCGCUGUGCGGGGAAAGGAAGCCGGGAUGGAGGACGAGGAGCUGGAUUUGGCCGACGAGCUGGAAGCCGCCUUGCAGCUGGCUCCGGAGGUGCAGCUGGCCAUCGAGCAGGUAUUUCCCAGCCAAGAUCCGCUGGACAGGGCCGAUUUUAAUGCAGUGGAAUACAUCAAUACUCUUUUUCCAACCGAGCAAUCUUUGGCCAACAUUGAUGACGUAGUGAACAAAAUCAGAUUGAAAAUAAGACGAUUGGAUGAUAAUAUUCGGACAGUGGUGAGAGCUCAGACCAACGUGGGGCAAGAUGGCCGUGAGGCUCUUGAGGAGGCCCAAAAAGCCAUCCAGCAGCUCUUUGGCAAGAUUAAAGACAUUAAGGAUAAAGCAGAAAAAUCAGAGCAGAUGGUUAAAGAGAUCACCCGGGACAUCAAGCAGCUGGACCACGCCAAACGCCACCUGACCACCUCCAUCACAACGCUGAAUCACCUCCACAUGUUAGCCGGGGGAGUGGAUUCCCUGGAGGCUAUGACCAGGAGAAGGCAGUAUGGAGAGCUUGCUAACCUUCUACAAGGUGUUGUCAACGUGCUGGAACAUUUCAACAAAUAUAUGGGGAUCCCGCAGAUCCGUCAGCUUUCCGAAAGGGUAAAAGCAGCCCAGAACGAGCUGGGACAACAGAUCUUGGCUGAUUUUGAAGAGGCCUUUCCUUCCCAAGGCACAAAGAGAUCAGCUGGUCCCAGCAACGUUCUCCGUGAUGCCUGUUUGGUCGCCAACGUCUUAGAUCCCCGGAUCAAGCAGGAAAUCAUCAAGAAGUUUAUUAAGCAGCACCUCUCGGAGUAUCUGGUGCUUUUUCAGGAAAACCAAGACGUGGCUUGGCUAGACAAGAUCGACCGCCGUUACGCCUGGAUCAAACGUCAGCUGGUAGACUACGAGGAAAAAUACGGCCGGAUGUUCCCAGGAGAGUGGUGCAUGACGGAACGGAUCGCGGUGGAUUUCUGUCAUAUUACAAGGACAGAGCUGGGGAAAAUCAUGCGCACCCGGGCAAGAGAGAUCGAAGUCAAGCUUCUGCUUUUCGCCAUCCAAAGGACUACCAACUUCGAAGGACUGCUGGCCAAACGCUUCUCGGGCUCCACGUUGUCAGAGACCGUGACGAAAAAGCCGGAUCCUCCCCCAGUCUCCACCAACCCUUUUCUCGAGGAAGAAUCUGUGAUGGAUGAGGAUGAAAGUCCAUCAGAAAAGAUCGACAUUGACAAGCCACAAAAGCCCAAAAUUCCAAAUAAUCCGUUCCAUGGAAUUGUUUCUAAGUGCUUUGAACCCCAUCUGUAUGUCUACAUUGAAUCUCAGGACAGAAACCUCGGAGAGCUCAUUGACCGCUUCGUGGGGGACUUCAAAGCCCAGGGACCCCCCAAGCCGAACAUGGAUGAGGGCGGGGCCGUUCUGCCCAGCUGUGCCGACCUCUUUGUCUAUUACAAGAAGUGCAUGGUCCAAUGCUCGCAGCUCAGCACCGGGGAGCCCAUGAUCGCCUUAACUACCAUAUUCCAGAAAUAUCUGCGGGAAUACGCCUUGAAGAUCCUCUCCGGAAAUUUACCCAAGACCACGAACACCAGCGGCGGCGGCCUGACUAUUACCAGCUUGCUAAAAGAGAAGGACGGUUCGGAGGUGGCCAAAUUCACCUUAGAGGAGCUUUGCCUGAUCUGUAGCAUUCUGAGCACGGCCGAAUAUUGUUUGGCGACCACCCAGCAGCUUGAAGAAAAGCUCAAGGAGAAAGUGGACGAUAGCUUGGUUGAAAGAAUCACCCUGAUGGGAGAGAUGGAUACCUUCAGCACAGUGAUUUCCAGCAGCAUCCAGCUUCUGGUACAGGAUUUGGACGGCGCUUGUGAUCCAGCCCUCACCGCCAUGAGCAAAAUGCAGUGGCAAAACGUGGAGCACGUGGGAGAUCAGAGCCCUUACGUGACGUCGGUCAUCUUGCACAUUAAGCAGAACGUCCCCAUCAUCCGGGACAACUUGGCCUCCACCCGGAAGUAUUUCACCCAGUUCUGCAUCAAGUUUGCCAACUGUUUCAUCCCCAAGUUCAUUAACCACCUUUUCAAGUGCAAGCCGAUCAGCAUGGUGGGGGCCGAACAGCUGCUGCUGGACACUCACUCCCUGAAAAUGGUCCUGCUCGACCUGCCGUCCAUCGGCUCGCAGGUGGUGAGGAAGGCGCCCGCCAGCUACACGAAGAUCGUGGUCAAGGGCAUGACGCGGGCCGAGAUGAUCCUGCAGGUCGUGAUGGCGCCUCAUGAGCCCGCUGUGGUCUUUGUGGACAACUACAUCAAACUCCUCUCCGACUGCACCACUGACACGUUCCAGAAGAUUCUGGAGAUGAAGGGUCUCAAGCGAAGCGAGCAAAGUAGCAUGUUGGACUUAUUCCGUCAGAGGCUCCCGGCUCUUCCCUCGGGCGCCGAAAGCGGUGGCUGUGUCUCCCUGGUGGCCCCCACGCCCGAGCAGGAAUCUUCCCGUAUCCGCAAACUGGAAAAACUGAUCAAGAAGAGACUCUAGCUGCUCCCUAGCCCAUCUUCUUCUUCUUCUUCUUCUCCAGCUGCUGAAGGCAUCGCGGUCCAAACUUAAAUCGUUGGUUGCAGGUUGUACCCCUACCCCAUCGAGGGCCUUCCGGAUAGCAGAAAUCAGCCACCAGCUGUCUCCGGCAUCCCGGCUUCCCCCGUAGUCUGUCUGGCUGGUCUCCCCGAUGAAGUCAAGUACGCCCCAAAUCGCAGGACGGUCCUAAUCUUUGGCAGGAAGUUGAUAAUUUUCCAAGGUCUUAUCUCAAGAUAUGAGAUCCCUGAUAUUUUUGCAAGGGUUAAUUUUAUAUUUUAAGAGGUAACCUUGUAGGAUGGUUGAUCUGUGUCUCUGGGCGUGUUGGAAUCUCCUUUUUGCAAUGUUCCGAAUGCAAAAAAAAAAAAAAAAUCCCCCAGGAACAGAGGGUUCUCCUUCUUCGUAGACCCCCUCGCUCCUUCCUCUUUCCGUGGGUGUUUUUUUUUCUCCGAGCUGUUUUCCGGCGUAACUCUGUGACGGGUUUUUUUCUGCUUCGUUACCUAAAAGCAUUGUUUCCCAACCUCAGCAACUUUCAACUAGGUGGACUUCCAACUCCCAGAAUUCUGAGAGUUGGAAGUCCACACUGUUUAAAAUUGUCAAGAUUGUGGGGUGGGGGGAAAGGACCUAGACAGUCUUUACGUAGCUCAGAACAAAACUCAUUGGGACUCAGUCUGUUUCAGAAAGUGUCAAUUCCAGAAGAAAUUUCAGUCAAUUUCAAAAUCAAUUCCGGGAAAUUUCAUAGUCAAUUUCAGGACAAAAAAAAAAAAAGCUGCAAAAUUCAAUUUACGUUUCAUUCCUCAGCCCCCCACUCGAUAAACCCACUUGACAAAUUAAUAAUUCCUUAUUGGGUUCCUUCUACCCCUAUCUCCCCACCAUUGGUGGGGCAAUCCUUUAAACACCCCACCAUCACCCCCAAAUCUCCCAUUUUUCUGCAAUUCGGAGAGCAGAAACUAAACUUCUUGUCUCUUUUCCCACCGGCUCACUUGACCCGAGCCAAAAUCUCUGCCGAGAUUCAUCCGGAUCUCACCUACCUUGGAUCCGGUCCAAACAAUAAAAACCUCCCUUUCCUCCAGCCACAUUUUAUUAGCUACCUGGUUUUUGCCAGGAUGAAAACAUUCCGGAUUUGCACCCAGCUUUUGGAUCUUUCCGUGCUCUUUGCGUGUGUGUCUCUGUGUGCUUUUCAAAACUGCCUGCUGUUAUGUGUGUAUGUGUUUUUUUUUCUUUUUAAUUUUUGCUUCCUCUGCCCUUCAUUUGUCCUGAGCGGAACAAAGUGGUUGUUUUUUUGUUUUUUGUUUUGUUCCUGAAUUCCUGGAUCUUUUUUUUUUUUAAAGAUAACUUUUUUUUUCCUUCCUGAGAAUUUCUGGGAUCUGGAACCACCCCAGAUUUCUCAUUUUUCCUUUUCUGCUUUCCAGAGACAAAAGCUUCGGGAAGCAUUCGAGACCUUGCACUCCAAAUUUUUAGCCAGGGUAUCAUCACUCCAUGCUAGGGGAAACCCCCCCCCACUCUCCCCCUCCCCCCCACAAAUUUCACUCCCUACAAAAUCGGGGCAUUCAUUAAAAACAGGAAACCUCCCAAGAGGGGGGGGGCGCGGAGAGAGAGGUUCAUUUUCCUUCCCCAAAAUUCUUGCAGCUGCUGGAGUUUGCGUGUGUGUGUUUUUUUUUUGAAAACAGCGAGGGGUUUUCUUCCUUAAGGGGCCUUCGGAGGUGGAUCCCGUUUGCAAAUUCUGGGGGUUUGAGGGAGGCCGCAGACAGCCAGUUGCUGACCUCCCUCCCCCCCACCCCCAUGCAUGCACCCUCAAAGCCAAAGGCCCUUGACGUCCCCAGGAAGUGGGGCAGGGUGCCUUGCCCUUGGCCGUUGGGUUGGGUUGCCAUUCAGGGUGAGCAAUGUUUGCCCAAGGUUGGCUUGCGAAAGGAAAAAAAAUCUAAUCGAGGAAGGUGUAAACGGGACCUGCCUGGUUUUUAUGGAGAGCAGGGCAAGAGGGGCCUCCCAAGAGAUCAUCCGGCCUGCUGGCAUCUGGGCCUUCCCCUCCCUCCCUCCCUCCCUCCCCCCCUCCUCUCCUUCUGCCAUCCGAUUGCAGGAGGGUUGAACAAACAGGAAGGAGGGGCAGCUCUCUUGAGAAACCUCCUGCCUUGUAAAUAGUAAUGUCUUCUCCUUUCCUUCCCUCCCUUUUUCUUUCUUUCUUUUGUUUGUUCUUUCUCUUCUCCCUUCCUUUCCUUCCCUCUUUCUUUUCUUCUUUCUUCCUCCUUUCCUUCCCUCAUUCUUUAUUUCUUUGUUCCUUUCUCCCUAUUUUUCCACCAUUCUUCCAUCCCUCCCCUUUUCUUUCUUUCUUCCUUCCUUUCUUUUUCUCUCCCUAUUUUUCCAUCCAUCCUUCCAUCCCCCUCCUUCCUUCCUUCCUUUUUUCUUUCUUUCUCUUUCUUUCUCUUCUCUCUCCCCAUUUUUCCAUCCCUC